AUGGUAUCAGCUAUUGAAAACCUUAUUGAAAGGAAAACUCUAAGGAUCUUUCGUUUCGGACUUUACAUUCUCGAUCAAGAUAUAAUGAAUAUUUCCAUCAUGUUCCAACCAACAAUGCCGAACGAUCCGGAUGGUUGCGAGGGUUCACAGCUUCCCUGCCAGUGUUCAACCAUGUCGAACGCAGAUUCAAUACUUCAAAGAGAGAGAUCAGAAAGAAACCUAGGUAGUAAAAGGAUAUCAAAAGUCCAAGAUCUACCCCGAGGCUUGGAAACCUUACAGAACAUGUUCGAACCCAUCAGGAAUCGAGAGCCAUCUCCCUCAAUCCAGGAAAGUCAACAAAUUUGUCUGGAUAACUCUACAAGCGUGGAGAGUAUAGAUGAGGGGAGCCUAGCUUCAUCACCGGGACCAAUUGAAGUUCAGAAAAAUAUCUACUCUCGAUAUGGACAGACUCUCUCCUGCAGUCCUCGCAGUGCCGAUUCAAAUCGAAACCUGACCUUCGAAACUGCUCGCAGGGUCCAGGAGACUUCCAAUUUUCAGGAUAACCAACAUCGUCAGUUGUCCAGUCCUGGCUCCCUUCUAGACUCGAAUUCUGAUCUCAAUGAUAUGUCUCUUCAUGACAUGGAAAAUGAUGUAGAUGAUGGAGAUCUAUCCAGUUCGCCUACUAAAGAAAAGAUUAAGAUGCAGGUUCUCUACAAGCAUCAUCACGAACCUAGUGUCCAUAGUCAUCUCCUCAAUGAGGCUCAUAGUCAUAUAUACAAGCACGAGAACCCCUGCAAACACGACACUUAUUGUGGGUCCAAUUUGGAUGCCAGUGAUGCAAUGAUGGCUUUUCAACAUCCACGACAACACUCUCAUCAUCACCAUAAAAUGUCCAGUCUUUCCCACCAUCAGCACCAACCCAGCCAUUCUUGCGGAACAACCUCCAAUUUGAGUACUUAUGUUUACGGAACUCCAGGUUCUUUAGUCACGACACCAAGUCCGAGUCCAUUGAACCGAGGAAGCUCACAGAAUAUUUACCAUCAUCCUGGAACACCGACAAAUAAUUCCAGUCUGAGUAUCAUGGACCACCGAAAUUCACCCGCUGCUCAUCAUAGAAUGGGACUCGCAGGAAAUGGGAGUAGAGGCAAUCAUCAUCAUGGAAAUGCCAGUUUUGUUGAUCCCUCGGGACACCAUCAUGGAACAGCAAGUGUGAUGAGUGGAACCUCUUCAAAUUCGAGUUUAAUAAACCACGGAAGCUCGCCAACUGUUCAUCGACAUGUUGUGAAUGCCAAUAGCAGUUUAUCGACGACUCCACUCAUCAGUCAUCAUCACAGAAGUUCCUCAGGCAGUCUUACUGGGAAUUCGACUACAAAUCACCACCACGUGAGUUCCGGCAUUUCCUGUGAGUCUUCCUCUUCCAAUGCAAACACGAGAACACACAGCAGACUGGACCAUAUCCACGAUCAUCAUCAUCACCUACAGGCGGUUCACGCGCUUCACUCGACCCUACCAGAUACGAGGCCAAGGGAAAGAACACCCUCGAGCCUAGAUCACCACAGCAAACAUCACUCCCAUGUACGCACUCACAGUCGUUCUCACUCACACAAUGAAGCCAAACAUGCUGCUUUAAUGGGAGUUAAUAAUAUUCAGGUAUCGACGCCCUCGAAGAACAAGUGCCAGUGUCAUAUGAUACAGCAGGGGAGUGGUAGCAAAAGGGGCCCGGAGGGUGAGAUUGACGGGGGCGGCGAAGUGACACUGAGAACGCAUCAGCCCCCAGCCUUACCACCAAGACCACCCCCAAGACCUGCCAGACGAUUCGAAACUGUGACAUCCGAUCCUUGUCACGCUGGCGAGGGUGGAUGCUGCAAGAAAUACGUUGUGCUGUGCUGCCUUUGUGGUGGAUUGAGUGCUACGGUUGGAAGCCUCUUUCUCACAAUACAUGUGGUCAUAUCUGCUAACACAGCGAGUCUGGCUCUUUUCGAAACUGUGCCCUCUUACAUUCCUGGAACCAUGUUAAUCCUUAUGGGUCUGUUCACAAUGCUCCUGGCAAGGCGGAAGCACCGGUAUGGACUCCUGAUGAAAGUUUGCGGUUCCGUGGCAGUCGUCUGUGCACUCGUCUGCGUGCUCGUUACCGUCACAACCACAGUGGUACACAUGUCAAGGUUACAGGGUUUACGAGAAUGUGUCUAUACCGCUAGAGCCAAGUCUUGUACAUGUUACGGGGCGACUGCCCAAAGUCGCGGUGAUCCCGGAGUACUCUUUGAGGCUACACCGCACUGUGAUGUUGUCCAGGGGACCUUAUAUUCUUGCUUGAGGGCCUUAUUUGGAACUUCAGUCGCCGGAAUUUUGGUCUGCAUAUUUUCGUGUAUGCUGCUCUACCAAUUGUUGAGUCAUGAAAAAAAGAAGAUGUACUGGGAGCAAUUGGAACUCAGAUGCAGAUCACUUUAUGGCCAAGGUGGUGCAGUAAGAACCGUAGCUGGCUCUUGUGGUUGUUGCAGCGACUGUGGAGGAACCAGUCCGUGGUGGGCCCAAACUCCAGGAAAUUUGUACACGCCAAAUCCAGACAUGGCACCAUCUAGAAGAUGGCGCUUACCAUGGAGUCGAUCAAGAGGACCAGCACCAAGUCCAGAUUCAAAUUACGGAUUUCAUGCACAAGCCAUGCAGGCGGAAGCUAAUGCAGAGAAUAAUCCAGGACCAUACAGCGUUUUGAAUUCACAGUCUGGUGGACCAUAUUCGGUUUUAAAUACUCAAAAUGGCCCUUAUCCAUCAAGCACAGCGUCUUAUAGUGUUUUGGAGGCUCCAGUACCACUUUGGGGUCCACCUCCACCCUACAGUGAUCCAAAUAGUCCCGCAAGGAGACCCCAAGUCCCAGAAGCAAGGACAAGGAUCAGCAAGCGAAUGGAGAAUUAUGAGAGUACUGAAGAUUAUAGGCCACGAGUAACGAAACGGCCAUCCGACAAUUACGAGAACGCUGAGGAGAUUUCGAACAGUACUGAUCCUGAAGGAGGAAAUGAAGGAACUAUUAAAAGUCGAAGAUUGAGAAAACCGCUCAAGGGGGUAGAGAACGGCGCCUUUCAACAAGAAACUAAUCCGGCCCCGAAGCAAUCUGAAAGCGAAUUGUACUUUGGAGAUGUUUCUUCCUGCUGCGGACCUGAAAGCAGCUUUUAUGACCUUGCGGUUGAUAAAGAAGCUGUUGAGCAUACUGAGGGGGUCGAUUAUUUGGCCACUCGAUUGGGCAAAAGGCAGCUGUCCAAACGGUCCAGACAUCCGCUUCCUCUUCCCCCUGAUGGAGGUGAUGUCCCAUCAAAUAGUUAUUCCAACACUGACGAAUCAAGAAAUGCAAGGGGGCCUUAUUUAGCCCCUGAUGCACAAUAUGAAGUCAUACAACAGGGUCGUUACGCUUAUUAUUCGUCCAAAGCAGAUGAAGAACAUAAAGAGGGUCCCACAGCUUCAGUUUAUUUUCGAGAAGAAGACACUGAAAGAGACAGAGAAAGGGAGAGGAACAGAGAGAGAGAAUACAGAGACUACAGAAGCAACCAGGAAGAAGAAACACCCCAAUGUUGUUUGAGCGACUCGACAACUUUAGACUCUGGCUGGCAGAGUGGAGAACAACAACAUUCGGAUGACAAUGUUCGACCUGUCAAUGUCUGACUUUCUGGUCCACAAUCUUAAAAGGUUUACCUACAAAGUCUAAAAUUAGUUAGGAUUGUUUGAGUAGAUGAACUGAAAGGAAAAGAAAUGAAGAAAAAAAACAUUGGGUAUCUCAUUGUUAAACUCUGAGGAUGAAGUGGCUCUAAACAAUAU